AGCUCCAUACCACCACUUCUGCCACUUCUCCUUUCUCUCUCGAGCUUCUUUUCUCCACGCGAAUCUUAACGAAGCCUCUAUAGCCAUGUACAGGAACGUCGCAUCACGCCUCAGGUCUUGCAGGGCCCCUUCAUGGAAUAGGGUGCCAGCCAGAUUUGCAAGUUCAAGUUCCCUUGCCACAAAGAAACCCUCAUCUGGGUUGGGUGGUAUAUUUGGCUGGCUUGCAGAUCGAUCCAGCGCGACACCUCCUCUGGACUUCCCUCUGGAAGGGGUCAAACUUCCCCCUCCGUUGCCUGAUUAUGUGGAGCCGGGGAAAACUAAAAUUACUACACUCCCAAAUGGUGUUAAAGUGGCCUCUGAAAGUUCAGCGACUCCCGCUGCCUCAAUAGGCUUAUACGUAGAUUGUGGUUCAAUAUAUGAGACACCGUUAUCAUUCGGGGCUACACAUCUGCUGGAACGCAUGGCCUUCAAGACCACUAGAAACCGUAGUCACUUUCGAAUAGUUCGUGAGGUAGAAGCAAUUGGUGGUAAUGUGCAGGCCUCAGCUUCCAGAGAGCAGAUGGGUUACACCUUUGAUGCAUUGAAAACAUAUGUUCCAGAAAUGGUAGAGCUACUUGUUGAUUGUGUGAGGAAUCCUGUGUUUCUUGAUUGGGAGGUCAACGAGCAGCUUAUGAAGGUGAAAUCAGAGAUUGGUGAAGCUUCCAAAAAUCCUCAAGACUUGCUUCUGGAGGCUAUUCAUUCUGCUGGUUAUUCUGGUGCCUUGGCAAAUCCUCUUUUAGCUUCAGAAUCAGCAAUAAAUAGACUAAAUAGUACAAUUCUGGAGGAAUUUGUUGCUGAGAACUAUACUGCACCACGGAUGGUACUUGCAGCUUCUGGUGUUGAACAUGAGGAGUUGUUAUCUAUUGCAGAACCUCUUUUGUCUGAUUUGCCCAGUGCCCCUCGUCCGGAGGAGCCAAAAUCAGAGUAUACUGGUGGUGAUUAUCGAUGCCAAAGUGAAUCUGGUAGGACUCAUGUUGCUCUUGCAUUUGAACUUCCUGGGGGCUGGCAUAACUUGAAGGAUUCAAUGGUUUUAACUGUUCUGCAGAUGCUUUUGGGAGGUGGUGGAUCAUUCUCAGCUGGUGGACCUGGUAAAGGGAUGUAUUCACGGCUCUAUCUCCGUGUUCUGAAUGAGUAUCCACAGGUCCAUUCAAUUUCAGCAUUCAACAACAUUUACAAUAAUACUGGCAUAUUCGGUAUCCAAGUCACAACUGGUUCUGAUUUUGUUUCACAAGCAAUUGAUAUAACGGCAAAUGAGCUUCUUGCUGUUGCUACAGCUGGAAAAGUUGACCAGGCACAGCUGGAUCGUGCUAAGCAGGCUACCAAAUCUGCAAUUUUGAUGAAUUUGGAAUCAAGAAUGGUUGCUUCAGAAGAUAUAGGAAGACAGGUUUUGACAUAUGGCGAGAGGAAACCUGUGGAGAGCUUCUUGAAGGCAGUUGACGAAGUAACUCUGAAGGAUAUAACCUCAAUUUCUCAAAAGCUCAUUUCUUCCCCGCUCACAAUGGCAUCACAGGGAGACGUUUUAUAUGUUCCGAGCUACGACUCCGUAAGCCGCAAGUUCCAUUCAAAAUGAGAUGGCUUUUAUCCCAUCACAUUUGGAGGCUUAACAUGCAAUCUUGUAUGGUGUAAAAUUAAGUUCAAAUUCUAAAUCUUGCAGCCAAUAAUUAAUGAGUGAACUAUCAGCAUCUGCGUAUACCUAAUUUUUUUUGUUGGGUACAUAAUUCAUUGACCUGAAUGGGUCGUCAAUUACAUGUUUCGAUGUUGAACUCAACGGAACUGAAUUCAUAUGUCGAAGCAGUCAUUUUGAUUUUUGUUUCGUUUUUGCAAGGAUUAAAGCCUCAUAAUGAUU